AUGGCCCCUAUCUCUAAAGUCAACGACAAGGUCAAGGUCGUCCUCACCGGCUUCCAGCCUUUUGCACACCACUUGACGAACCCUUCGUGGCUUUCGGUUCAGCCUCUCCACAACACUCUCCUCGACUUGCCUGAAGUCCCUGUUGCCAAGCAGGACCCCAAGCACCACAAUGCCACCCAGGCCUACCUCGUCUGCCAGGAGCUCCCUGUCGAGUACCAAAAGGUGCCUAACCUCGUUCCUGAACUGCAUGUCACCCACAGCCGAACCAUCACCAAGGGCGACCAGGUUAUCCAGGUCGAGAUUGAUGAGUCCAAGCAGGAAGAGGAGAAGGAGAAGGAGGAGUACUUGAAGACGUACUACAUUCACGUUGGCGUUGGCCGUGAUGGACACACUGCCAUUGAGACCCAGGCACAUCGCACUGGAUACGGCGGACUUGACAAUGCCAAGUGGACGCCUCCCAACAAGGACGAGCCUCCGGUUGUGAAGGAGGAGUGGUCUGCAGACCCAGAUUUGUUGACGACAACGGUCGACACCGCGGCAUUGGCGGAGUACCUGAAGACGGAGAAGGGAUGGAUCUGCCAGCAGAGUUUGGAUGCGGGGCAUUACCUGUGCGAGUACACGUUCUAUUUGAGCAUGGCUGAGCGCCAGAGACGAAUUACAGCUGGGGAGGAGGGAGAAGGAGAGAGGACGUGUCUGUUUGUGCACCUGCCCUCAGUUGGCAACCCGUACACGCUUGAGGAGCUCCAGCGGUUUGUCAAGGACAUGAUUGUCGCGGUUGUUACUCAGAACUAA